GAUCUGCCUGGUGCAAUCUUUUGUACUAUCUUUAUUUGGUUCCCCUUUUGCUUUUGAUGGUCACACUAUCCCAAGGUAACAAGACUACGAAUUUUAAUGUUGCGUUGCACGAAGAUGUGCUUCCUUCUCUUUCUUUGUAAUCCACUGCUCAGUAACUCCAGUGCGUGUCCUUUAUUCUUGAGAAAUAAUGAGUUAGCCUUUCCGUAUACAGAAAUAAAUCUAUGCCUGUUCCAGUUGCCUUUUACUGGCACUAUUCUAAUUUUAUUGCAUCCUUGGGAAGAAGAAUAAUAUAACUUGAGUACCCCAAAUUAUGAUCAAACACAAAAAAAACCCAAAAAACAACACAACAGAUUCACCAUUGUUUGAUGAGGCAGUGUGUUUUAUUUAAAGAGAAGUGUGUAUCACCUCGUACAUCUGCAGUGAAGCAGUUCCUGUCAGAUAUAUACAUUUGCUGGAGGGCUCUGUACAACCUGUUGGAAAGUAUAGUUCAUCAGAGGCUACUUGGGGUGGAGAUAAGAGAAGAAGAGGUUGUUUGCUGGAAGGAAGAACUCAGGCUUUUUGUUACUUUUUUUGUUCUGUCUCAUGCGUAUCUCUUUUGGGUCCCUUUUAUUUCAUGUUCUUCCCAGCUAUGUUGACCGGAGUCUGUUGGUUACCACAAUCUUGAAACUUCUUAUAGGACGUCCUCAUGACAGGCACUGGGAGCAAGAGGUGGACAAGGAGAAGACAAACUACUUUGCCCGAUGCAGCUGAUGAAUUUACACAGUGAAAAAGCCACCUGUUCGUCUUUGACUCAUUCAACAAAGAAGUCACGUCAAAUACUAACUUGAAAAAUUCCUGAACUGAGCUGCGUCAACAACCAUGGACAACUUCAUGGCACCGCUGAGCGCCAUCGGCGACCUCACACUUCAGCACAGCAAAGCAAAGUUCCUGCACAGCAGAGUGAGCGGACCCUCCCGGCGCAAACGGGAGUUCAUGCCAGAUGAGAAGAAGGACAACAUGUACUGGGAGAAGAGACGCAAGAACAACGAGGCGGCCAAACGCUCGCGGGAGAAGAGGCGACUCAAUGACUUCGCCAUGGAGAGCCAGCUGGCCGCGCUCAGCGAGGAAAAUGCCAUCCUCAGGACGGAGCUGCUGGCCCUCAAACUGCGCUUUGGGCUCAUCAGCCCCGAUGCCAGCACCCAGCAGGGCCGCUCCCUGCAGGACUUCCUAGGGAUUUAUUUCCGAGGGCACAAAGGGCUCUCGCCGUUCCCUGAAGCGGAGCCCUUUGCUGGGGGUUCCUGCCUCUUCACAAAGAGCUUUGUGCCAAAGGUGCUGGAGCCGGCCGACUUUUCAUGCAAAACCUUUAACCCAUCUAGAAACUUCCUUGGCUGUGACUCAAAGCCAGUUUCUAUGGACACACCUGGCCUUCACCAACCAAAGAGGCUCGAUUCAGCCUUCAGACCCACAGUUUGCUCUCCUUUCCUCAAUUACCACUGCCCAGACAAACAUGUGUUCCAUUUGCCUUUCCCAGGCAGUGCCUGCUUCUCAUCCCCUUGUCCUGGUCUGACAGAGAUGAGCAAGGAAAGCACCACGACUGUCUCAGAUGAAGAUGAUGAGCAGCAAGUGCCCAAAACUUCUCCUCCACCCCCAUGUAGCUUGCCCUCCCCUUCGGAAGAUCACACAAAGGGCCGAAGCUCUUCAGCUCUGCCUCACAAACUCCGGAUUAAGACCAAAGCCCUCGGAGGACAGUGACCAUGGAUCCCUCUGUGGGAGCAGAGACAACGUCUCUGGGAGCAGACAUGAUAUAUUCCAAUCACAUGAAGUGUUUGGAAGGAGGGGUGGGAGGGAAAUGUCUUUAAAGAAGGAAGUAAUUUUUUCUCUUUGGCAUAAAUGCUGAGGGAAGUUAUAGGGCUGGGCUGCAUCACUACAGCACAACUGCAGUUGGCCAUGAUGUCAGUCUUGCUGCGAUGGACCUGCCAGACCCCAUGGCUGCUGGUAAGCUUCAGUUUCACCUGGUUGCUCUACUUGCCAACCAAACAAAAACUUCAUAGCAUCACAGAAUGGGUUGGAGGGGACCUUAAAGAUCAUCUCGUUCCAAGACCCAGCUGUGGGCUGGGUGCCCCCCACCAGAUCAGGCUGCUCAGAAUCCCAUCCAACCUUGAAGUGUGAAGGGAUGAGGGGCAGGAAGAGGCAAAGAGGUGGUGCCCACACCAUGGAACACAAUAGUGGCUCCACACCACUGCUACAGCUGCUGGGUGUGACCACCAUUUUAAUUCCCUUUGCUUUGUCAUCACCUCCAUCUUCACAAACGGGGAUGAAAAUCUAAUUGUUUAACACUGGAAAUUGUGGAUGGAAAGAGUUUCACACCCUCCAGCUGUCUGGAGCAAGAAAAAGGAAUAGCAAUAAGAAGGCAGCAGAUUCACACUGGCAUGAACUGAGAGCAGAACCUGGUCCAUUUCAUCCUCACUUUGUCGUAAUUUAUCUUCAGAGGGAAUGAACUCUUUUCUCUUUGACUGGAGACAGCGUGGUCCAUAAGAUACAUUAAUUUCCACUUAUUUUCGUAACAGCUAUUUUGGAGGACUAUUAUUAUUUUUUGUUUCAAUGAAAAGUGAAACAUAUCUUCAUCCCACUUCUUUCCGUGUAAAUAAGGCGUUUUCAGAAAUAAUACUUCCGUAUUUGAAAAUUGCUUUUAUAAAACAUUCUAUUAACUUUAGAUGAAUUUUCCAAUCCAUUUUCUUAUUUUGAAAUUAAUUACUUAUAAAAUAAAACCGCUAUGUGGCACACUGUUCUCACUGAAACAUCUGUGGGAUGAGGACAAUUGUCAAGCAUUUUUCUAGAAAGCAUUUUAUAGAUAAUGAAUAAAUGCACCAAUGAGAAGAGUGUAAAAGGAAGAACAUUGAUACGUGAAAUGGGGUGUAAAAAUCCCUCAAAACUGAGGGCCCUUAUUGCUGGGAGCAGCUGGGAAUGUUCAGCUUGGAAAAGAGGGGAUUCAGCUGAGGGUGAUGUGAUCAAUGUUUAUAAAUGCCUGCGUCAUAGAAUCAUGGAAUCACUAAGGUUGGAAAAGACCUCUCAGAUCCCCAAGCCCAACCCCAGCCCAUCCCACCGUGCCCUCUGACCAUGUUCCUCAGUGCCACAUCUCCACAGUUCUCAAACACCUCCAGGGUCGGUGACCCCACCACUUCCCUGACAGUCAGUGCCAAUGCAUCACCACUCCUUCUGAGAAUGUUUUUCCUAAUAUCCAACCUGAACCUCUCCUGGUGCAACUUAAAGCCAUUACCUCUCAUCCUAUCACUGCAAGGAAGGUGCAAAGAAAGCAGCCAAUCUCUUUUCACUUGGAACACAGAGUUCCUUUCUGAACAUCAUGAAGCACUUCUGUGCAGGUUCCAAAGCAAUGGGUUGCCCAGGGAGGCUGUUGGGUCUCCUUUGGACACAACCUGGACACAAUCCUGGGCACUUUGCUCUGGGUGUCCCUGUUGGAGCAGGGGAUGGAUUAGA